AUACCUGGACUGUAAUGAACUAAGGAUCGAGACGCAAGAUGGCAGUGAUGCCCUCUGCCGUUAGACACCAUAGAAGAAGACGGAAGCGUAAAACAGCUGAAGAAGAAUAACCCAGAUCACUGCUGUUCUGGUCAAGAAGGCCAAAUAGCGAAAGCGUCAUGUUACGACUGCCAACCGUCGGCCGAGCUCUAGCUGGAGCCGCCAAAGGCAGCCUGGCUCAUUCAAAUGCUGCACAAUCUUCAGUGCGUGCCGCCAGCAACAUGGUGGAAGUGUUUGUGGAUGGGAAACCAGUAGAGGUGGAGCCGGGUACAACUGUGCUGCAGGCCUGUGAAAAAGCAGGAAUCCAGAUCCCCAGGUUCUGUUACCAUGAGCGCCUCUCUGUGGCAGGAAAUUGCCGCAUGUGUCUGGUGGAGAUUGAGAAAGCUCCAAAGCCUGUAGCAGCCUGUGCCAUGCCUGUUAUGAAGGGCUGGAACAUCCUCACCAACUCGGAGAAGACACGCAAAGCCAGAGAGGGCGUAAUGGAGUUCCUGUUGGCCAACCAUCCACUGGACUGCCCCAUUUGUGACCAGGGAGGAGAAUGUGACCUGCAGGAUCAGUCCAUGCAGUUUGGUUCAGACCGCAGUCGUUUCACAGAAGGAAAGAGAGCAGUGGAGGACAAGAACCUGGGGCCACUUAUCAAAACCAUCAUGACCCGCUGCAUUCAGUGCACACGCUGUGUCCGUUUUGCAAGUGAGAUUGCAGGAGUUGAAGAUUUGGGAACAACAGGAAGAGGAAAUAACCUGCAGAUUGGGACGUACGUGGAGAAGAUGUUCAUGUCUGAGAUGUCAGGCAACGUUAUUGAUGUUUGUCCUGUUGGAGCCCUGACUUCCAAACCGUACGCUUUCACUGCUCGACCAUGGGAGACCAGAAAAACAGAAUCUAUCGAUGUGCUGGAUGCUGUGGGCAGUAACAUUAUAGUGAGCACAAGAGGAGGUGAGGUGAUGAGGGUGCUUCCCAGGUUAAAUGAAGAUGUCAAUGAGGAAUGGAUCUCUGACAAAACCAGGUUUGCAUAUGAUGGUCUGAAGAGGCAGAGGCUGACCCAGCCAAUGGUGAAAGAUGAUUCAGGUCAGCUGAUACCAACCACCUGGGAGGAUGCUCUCACUCGUGUUGCUGGGGCACUGCAGGGCGUGCAGAGUGGUGAGGUAGCAGCCAUAGCAGGAGGGAUGAUCGACGCAGAGGCUCUUGUCUCCCUCAAAGACCUCCUCAACAGACUCAAUUCAGAAAACCUCUGCACUGAGGAGGUGUUUCCUAUGGCAGGAGCAGGCACUGACCUUCGCUCCAACUACCUACUGAACUCCCGCAUCACUGGCAUCGAGGAGUGUGACCUGCUUCUGCUCAUCGGAACUAACCCACGCUACGAAGCCCCGCUGUUUAAUGCCCGAAUCCGCAAGAGCUGGCUCCAUAAUGAGCUGCGUGUCGCCUUGGUGGGUCACAAUGUUGACCUGAGUUACACGUACGACCAUCUGGGAGAAGACACAUCAGUACUAAAGGAGCUGGCUAAUGGCACACACCCCUUCUGUCAGGUCCUUUCAGCUGCAAAGCGUCCAGUAGUGGUUGUAGGCAGUGGUGCUCUGCAGAGAGAGGACGGAGGGGCCAUUUUAAGCACAGUGUCCACCAUCGCUCAGAACGCCCGAAGCAGCAGCGGAGUGGAGGAGGGAUGGAAAGUCCUCAACGUACUGCACAGAGUGGCCAGUCAGGUGGCUGCGCUGGAUUUGGGUUAUAAGGCUGGUGUAGAGGCCAUCAGAAAGAACCCUCCCAAGGUCCUGUUCCUGCUGGGAGCUGACGCCGGCUGCAUCACCAGAGCUGAUCUGCCCAAAGACAGUCUCGUCAUCUACCAAGGUCACCAUGGCGAUGUCGGAGCACCCAUGGCAGACAUCAUCCUACCUGGUGCUGCGUACACGGAGAAAAACGGUACUUAUGUCAACACAGAAGGCAGAAGCCAACAAACACGAGUGGCUGUCACUGCUCCAGGAAUGGCCAGAGAGGACUGGCAGAUCAUCAGAGCUAUAUCUGAACUGGCAGGUGUGACGCUGCCCUACGACUCUCUAGAAGAGGUUCGCUCCAGACUAGCCGAGGUGUCUCCUAAUCUGGUCCGUUAUGAUGACAUAGAGGAGGCAAACUACUUUAAACAAGCCAAUGAACUUUCGAAGGCUGUGAAACAGGACCUCCUGGCAGAUCCACUGGUGCCCCCUCAGCUUUCAAUAAAGGACUUCUAUAUGACAGACUCCAUCAGCCGAGCUUCACAGACGAUGGCGAAAUGUGUCAAAGCUGCGACAGAAGGAGCUGCUGCUGUUGAGGAGCCGUCAAUUUGCUGAACACCAGUAAACUCUGUUUCCACAGAACCAACACACUUCACCGCUCUUUAAUUUAACUUGUCCUUUGCGCUUGUUGGUAGCAGUGAAACCGUUUUCAUUCCCGAGAAUGAGCAUUGUUGCAUAAAGUUAAACAUAUGAAAUAUAAAUAAAGUCUUUACUGUGUUUA